ACAACUUCAGUCGACACCCAACAAUCAAGAGAGAAAAAAAUAUAUCAUUAAAAAAUAUCGCCCUUUCAAGAACAUCAGUGUAAAAAAAAAAAAAUAAAAUUCAUAAUUCGUCAACAGCUCUUGAAAGUUUAACAAAAAUUGGGUAGUGAUUAAUAAUAAAUAAAUAUCAUUAUAUAAUAUAUUUUAUAAUAUUUAAAAUAUAUACAUUGACAUAAGUGACACUUUGAGAAAAAUAAAAAAAAUAUGCGGGACGAAAUCGUUAUUACAAAAGAACACUAGUAUUAUCGAUUGAAACGUCCGAUUGGUUAAACCCAGUAUUCUAUGCAAGUAUGGCUGCUCUACCGUCACCCACGCAGGUGGCUGGAAGCCAUGCCGCUAUUUACGAGGCUUAUUACAAUCAGGUUGAUCCAAAUGGAUAUGGUACAAUUGGUGCAAUGGAAGCUGCAAAAUUUCUUAAAAAAUCACAAUUGAGUGAUGUUAUUUUGAGCAAAAUUUGGGAUAUGUCAGAUCCACAAUCACGUGGUACACUUGAUAAAUCUGGAAUGUUUGUUGCAUUAAAAUUAUGUGCAUUUGCACAAGCUGGACGUGAAUUAAAAAUUGCUAAUUUAAGUCAAGAUAUUGCACCACCUAAAAUGGGUGAUAUACCAAUUACACAAAGAAAGAGUCCAGCAAUUCCACCACCACCAGUGAUACCAUCAGUUGCAACUGGUGACUGGUCAAUAAAACCAACAGAACGUGUUAAAUAUGAUGCGUUAUUUGAUAAUCUUCAACCAAUGAAUGGUUAUAUACCAGGAAAUAAAGUCAAAGGAGUUUUAAUGGAUAGUAAAUUACCUCUAGAUACAUUGGGAAAAAUAUGGGAUCUUGCUGAUAUGGAUAAAGACGGUAUGCUUGAUCGUCAUGAAUUUGUCAUUGCAAUGCACCUGGUUUAUAAAGCCCUGGAAAAAUAUGCAAUACCAAAUGUAUUGCCACCUGAAUUAAUGCCACCAGGUAAAAGAAAAGAUAUUUCUCUUGGUGAUAUAACAGCAGCAGCACCAAUAAUAAUUCCAACAAUACCACAAAAUAUUGGUAGUGUUAAUAAUCUUGUUGGUAUUGAUGUGAAACAACAACAACAACAACCACAAUUAAAUUGGGUUGUUUUACCUGAUGAUCAAGCAGCUGCCGAUAAAUUAUUUCUUAAAGCUGAUAUGGAUAUGGAUGGUUUUGUAUCAGGACAUGAAAUUAAAGAUAUAUUUCUUCAAAGUGGACUUGCCCAAACUGUUCUUGCUCAUAUUUGGGGUCUUUGUGAUAUUGGACAAAGUGGAAAAUUAAAUAAAGAACAAUUUGCAUUAUCAAUGUGGUUAAUCAAACAAAGAAUGCGUGGUAUUGAACCACCAAUUACUUUAACACCUGAAAUGAUACCACCUUCAUUUAGAAAAAAUAAAGAUGGCAGUAUUGUGGAAAAUAAUAAUAUAUCGGGAUAUUCAAAUCCAGAGUUGGAUAUGAUUAGCAAAGAUAUUCAAGACUUAGCAAGAGAACGUAGAGUUAUGGAGCAGGAUAUUGCUCAAAAAGAGGCUGAUAUUAAAAUUAAAACUGGUGAAAUUAAAAGUUUGCAGAGUGAAUUGGAUACACUUGCAGCAACAUUGAAGCAAUUGGAGACACAAAAAGGCGAGGCUCAAAAACGACUGAAUGAUUUAAAAGCUCAGCGAAUCGAAGUAGAUAAUGAAUUGACUGAAAUCGAAAGGACAACUCGUGAGGAACAAGAAAAGGUCGAUAAAUUACGUCAACAAGCUGAAGAACAAGAAUCAGUAUUACGUACUCAAGAAGAAGAAUUAAAUUCAAAACGUCAAGAACUUGAAGGUUUACGACAAGAAGAACAACAACUUGAACAAAAACAAAAUAAAAGCCGUGAUCAAUUGAAUGAAUUAACUAAAAAUUUACAAAAUACACAAUUGCAAAUAAGUCAAGCCAAAGCUAAAAUAACAGAUUUAGAAGAACAACAACGUCAAAUGUCUGAUGCAAUUGCAAUUUAUGAUUCAGCUUUAGCAACUGGUGAUCCAACAAUUGUACCAGAUUCAAGUUUAAAACUUGAAUUAGAAAUUGUUGAUAAUGACGAUGAUAAUAAUGAUAAUAAUAAAAUAACAAAUGGUCAUAAUAAUGAUUUUACAGAUGUUAAUGGUUCAUCAGAUAGAUUUACAAAUUCUGAUCCAUUUUCAUCAAGUAAAAAUAAAGAUACAUUUGAUAAUUCAAGUAAUGAUCCAUUUACAAAUUUUGAUGCUACAAAUAAUUCUGAUAAUAGUGGCUUUACAAGUGAUCCAUUUGCAGCAAAAUCAAAAGAUGAAGCAUUUGAUCCAUUUGGUGAUAAAAAAAAUCAUAAAAAUAAUGAUAGCAUAGCUUCCAAAGAUGCAUUUGGUGAUGAUCCAUUUGCAAAUUUACAUGCUCCAACACGUGCUGAAAGUCCAAGUCCAGCAUUACCACCAAAAAAAGCUAAACAACCACCACCAAGACCAGCACCACCAAGACCAGCAGCUGCUCCAAAUUUACGUGCUGCACCAGCACCACCAACACCAUCACCAACACCAGAUCCAUUUACAAAUACAAAUACAGAUCCAUUUUCAUCACAAAAUGAUAAUACAAAUGGUAAUAGUGGAUUUACAACUUCUGGAAGUGGUUUUGCUGAUUUUGCUAAUUUUGAUGCAAAGCCGGAACUAUUUCCAAAUCGAACAAUGACAACGAGGCCAACAAUUGGAGGUAGAAUAUCAUCAACACCAACACCAAAAUUAGAUGACUUCACUGAGGAUCCAUUUAGAAAUUAUCGUUAUGAAGAUCCAUUUAGUUUUGCUGAUCCAUUUGCUGAUGAUGAAGUUAAUGAUAAUAAUGGAAAUAAAAAAAGCAAAGUACUUGAUCCAUUUGGCUUUGAAACAACCACAACAACAACACAAAAUAAUGAUCUAUUUAGUCGUGGUUUUGAAUCAGAUUUUACAAACUCUUCAUACACAACAAAAAUAAAAAAUAAUAAUUUUUUUACUGAUAAUAAUGAUCCAUUUAAAAAUUCAAAUAAUAAUAAUAGUAUUGAAUUUGUUGAUACAAUUAAUCAACCAACAAAACAAAUUAAUUUUGAUGAAGCAUUUUCAGUUAAUAAAAAUGAAAAACCAAACAAACACAAAGAACACAGUAUAACACAAGUACUAAAAGAUAAAUUAAGUUUAAAACAUGGUUCAAAUAAUAAAAAUAAAAAUGGUAAUUUAACAUGGAAAAAAAAUUCAACAAUUGGAUUAAGUGAACAACAACAAUUAGCAUGGGCAGCACAGCAAAGUUUAAAAGCUGAAGAAGAACGUAGACGUAUUAAAGCCCAAGAAGAAGCUGAUUUAGCACUUGCAUUGGAACUCAGUAAACAUGAUUAAUUAUAAUAACAUUAUUUAUCACAAUAUUUUAUAAUAUAUAUGAUGGAAAAAAGAAACAAAUAUAAAAAAAAAAAAGAAAUAUAUUUAAACAAAUUUUUAAAUGAAAAAAAGAUAAUAAUAUUUUUAUUUAAAAAUAAAAUAUAAAAAAAAAAACAUUAAGAAGCGAAAAGUUCAUUUAAAAUUAAACUAGCAAUAACGCUUUUGUUUAUUUAUAAAAUUUUUAAUUAUUGGCACUAAUUAAAUGAUAAUUUUCUAAAUACAAAAAUUUUCUUUUUUUGUCUUGUUAAGAAAAUGUUUAUUAACAGUAUUGAAUUUGUAUUUAAAUUAACUUUGUGACGAAAAAAAAAAACACAAUUAUUAUUUUUUAAUUAUUGCCUUUUAAUUCUCAAGUUAAAAAAAAAAAACUAUUAAUAUUGCGUUUUGAAUUAAAUAUUUAAACGAAAAAGCACAGAAUAUUAUAGAUAAUAAAAAUGUUGAAUUAAUCAAUAAUUUGAUAAAAAUAAUAGAGGUGUAAGUUAAUGUCAUAUCAUGAUGAGAUUAAUUAAUUAAUAUACGUAACGAGCAGUCAUUUCAAUAAAAAAUAAUUAUAUAUUUAUCAUUCAAUAUAAAAAAAAAAACUUCGUACCUUUUGUUUAUAUAUUUUCAAAAGUAAAAAUAAAAUAUAAUUUAAUUUUUAAAUAUGUCUGCUCUAUUUAUUUAGCAAAAAAAAAAAAAAAAAAUACAAUAAUUUAUAAGUUGUUUUCACGUUACACUCGUUACGUUCCAAAGAAAUAUUUAUGAAAUAAAAAUAUUUAAAAAAAAAGAAGAAAAUUAAUGCUCGACUGUACCUCUUAAUUAACAAAAAAUAAAUAAAAAAUAUCUUGGUACGAAAAAAUAAAUUAUUGUCAUCAACAAGAUACCUGAAUAUGUCGUAAAUUAUAAAUUGUUUUUUUUUAUUUUUUUUCUUAUCAUCAUAAUGAUCAUCUUUAAUUUGAUGUAUUUUUUUUUCGUUUAUUUCUGUGCACUGUAUUUUUUUUUUAAAUUUCAAUUUAUAAUUAUUUCGAUUUUGUAUAUGACUUUUUUUGUCAGACCUUCUUGAAGUUUAAGACCUUGUAUAUAAUCGGUGCCUCACUUCAUAUUCAGAUAUUACUUAUAAAAUUAAUAACAAUAGUUAAAAAAAUAAAAUAACAACUUCAAUAGUAAAUUAAUUAUUUAUAUCAAGCGAAAAAAGAAACAAUUAAAAC